AUGGCACGUAAAGGCCCUGGUACAGAUGGCCCUCUACAGACAGCCCUACUAGAAUCCACGUCUGCAGCCACAACAAGAGCUUCUGAAGGACAGAAGAUCUUUAGCCCUAUAGCUGCAUUCCUCGAUAAACAUCGCAGCCAAACCACCGGCCUGGCCCCUCACCUACUAAGAGCCCUCACCACUCUAAGCAAUGACCUCGCCUCAGUAGCCCAACGACAUUUCAACGCCUAUAUCAGCGGUAUCUCGACGACCUCCAUUCUACCUGCCCUGUCCCCUUCCCCCACCCCAAAUUCCUUACCCCCAUCACCCCCUCCCUCACGUCCCCUCUCAGGCCUUGAACAGUCGACUUAUGCAACUAUUACCCAAUAUGCCCCGGUCAAAUCAACUCCCACUACUCACUCCAAAGCCCAUGUUAAAAAGCCUAUGCCUCUGGUGAAACAACCCCUUCCUAACAACUGGCUCUUCUCUCAACUAAACUCAAACAGUCCAGCACUAAAAGAAGUUCAAGCCACAAAGACUGGCUUUGCACUAUGUCCCUCAUCUCCAGAAGUCCUCCUAGCCCUUGAGGCCCAAAAAGAGAUUAUCUCUACAUUCUUUGUUAACUACCAGAUAUAA